CAAGUCUUACAAGCUAAAAACUUCACUGUAGAAAACUUCAUAGAUUUUGUUUAUGUUAUUUCUUAUCUUAAAUUAGAAGGUCACUAUUGACGUACUCUUGAAGAAAUCGUAUCUGUUAAAUCAGGAAAGUCUUCCAGAGCAAACAACAAGAUUCGCUCAUUAAUAUACCUGAAUUGGAAUUUUAUUUGAAAUCUUCACUGAAAUUGGGAUCCCACGUUCAAUUUUUGGCUUAGUUCAACGAUCGUUGCAAAGUCGGUCAUUUUUUGUCUUUUUUAACUUAUAUCGCUUUGGAAAACUAAACUCAACCUAAAUGCUUUUUAUAAGCAAGUUUUGUUUUUUAGUGGCCAUGACAAUCGUUUCUCUUACAACAGCUUCGUUCGACGCCAAGGGAAUGCUGGAAGCCCCCAGACGAUCAUCUGUGUCCAGUAAUUUUCAAGGAGAUUUAGGUGUCUUUGUGGAAUCCAAUUAUUCUUUUGCAAAUCAUAGCUUCUCCUCUGGUAUCUACCUAGUCAAUAGUUCCAUCAAGAAUCAUCAAGAACUUUUGGUACCUGGAAGGGGAGCGAAGUCUCCACGGUGGAUCACAAACCAUUCAUUCCUUUACGUUAAGGACAAUAGUGCUUCUGGAUCCAGUAUCGUUGUAUUUGACGUUGAUCAUCGUUCCGAAUCUGUUCUAUAUGAUCAUGAUGUCCUUAUUUCAGAAUUAUCGGUUGUGAAAGAUUCUAACCGUUACCGAGUAAUAUUUACUUCUCUUGAUAGUUCCGGAAGAUAUGAGCCUCUAACCCAACCUAAUGUCCACGUCUAUGAUAGCCUGUUUGUCAGGCAUUGGGACCACUGGAAAACAGGUGAAAGAAACAGUCUCUAUUCUAUUAUCCUUGAACACCAUUCUGAAAUCGCUCACACUUUUCAACUAACUACGCCUACAGCUAUUGAUCUCUUGCAAGGUACUGGACUCGAAUGUCCCAUAGAGCCUUUUGGCGACUCAACGGACUUUGAUGCUACAUUUAAUGAAUUGGUUUUUGUUGCUAAAGAUCCGAAAUCUAAUCCAGCAACCCAAACAAGGACUGUUGUUUAUUUGUUGAACUUGACUACGAUGAAACUGAAAAGCCUCAGUGCUGCUAUGGGUGCUUGUAGCUCUCCUAUUAUUUCGGAAGAUGGUUCCAAAAUUGGCUGGUUGGAAAUGAGAACACCUCAAUAUGAGAGCGAUCAAAACCAAGUUAUGAUUUACUAUCCGAAAAACGGUAAGAAACAGCAUGUUGCUCAGGAUUGGGACCGUUCCCCUGCUUCUAUUCAUUGGGGUACUUUACCUAGCGGCGAAACUGGUUUGUAUGCCAUAGCUGAUGACGAAGGAAGAAGAAACUUGUUUUUUAUUUCCACCGAAAACAAUCAAGUCAUUUCUUUAACCAAAGAUGAAAGUGUCUUAUCAGUUUCUAGUUCCGAGGGACCUAAAUUAUGGCUCAGUAAAUCAUCUUUUAUUAGUCCAAAGUAUUUUGUUCUGUAUGACCCGUCUACAAAAGAAGAAGAACCGUUGUUAGAUGCCAAUCUUGGUUUAAGCAAAUCUUCGUAUGAAGAGGUAUGGUAUCCUGGAACGAAUGGUCACAAAAUCCACGGAUGGAUUGUCCGGCCAGAAAGUUUUGAUGCUACGAAGAGAUAUCCCCUUGCAAUCUUUAUUCACGGAGGACCCCAGGGAUCAUGGACAGAUAGCUGGUCGACACGUUGGAAUCCUGCUGUAUUCGCAAAUUCUGGGUUUAUCGUUUUUACCAUUGAUCCAGUAGGAUCAACUGGCUACGGCCAGCAGUUUACCGAUGAUAUUGCUUUGAACUGGGGAGGUCGUCCAUACCACGAUAUUGUCCGUGGUGUCGAUUAUAUCACUGGCCAAAUUCCUUAUGUCGACGGCAGUAGGAUGGUAGCCUUAGGUGCUUCCUACGGGGGUUACAUGAUUAAUUGGAUUCAAGGCCAUCCUCUAGGAAACCGCUUCCGAGCUUUAGUAUCUCACGAUGGAGUCUUCAACACAGUGAACACCUUCUAUAGCACAGAUGAGCUUUAUUUUCCUAUGCAUGAUUUUGGUGGUACUCCGUGGGAGAAUAGAGCCACCUAUGAACGCUGGAAUCCUUCUAAUUUUGUCGAGAAUUGGGCAACUCCUCAACUUGUAAUCCAUAGUUCCAAGGAUUAUCGCUUAACGGAAAGUGAAGGAAUUUCUACAUUUAAUGCACUCCAAUACAAAAAGAUUCCUAGUAAGCUUCUGGUUUUCGAGGAUGAAAAUCACUGGGUCCUUAAGCCAGAGAACUCUUUGCGCUGGCACCAUGAAGUCUUAAGCUGGAUUACCCAGCACGUAAAUGAUAAUUGAUACAUUUUCGAUGGAUUUUUCUAAUUAUAUAAUUAUUAACACGCCCAUCUUGUCUAAGUCUUCUAUUUCUGAUUGUGGAAAUACCGCGGGUUUCCGAGUAAUUCCGUAAACUUUAGCAUCAAAGCCAG